UCUGCAGGUCCUUCCAUGUUAAGAAUGACACCCUUGCCCGUGCAGCAGUGAAAGGAGGUUUUCACCAACACCUGCUACACCUUAACCCAAAGCUUGAAGCUUCAAUUGGCACAUUUCUCUCCAUUCUUGAACAAUACCCCUUGGGAGAGGAGUUCUACACAGAAGAUGAUGUGCAAGACUGUGAUGAUGUUGAGGUACCGAAGGCCCUUGGGGAUAUGGUGGAAGCUAUCAUUGGCGCAGUUUAUCUUGACAGCAACAGGUCAUUCAAGGUAACAUGGCAGACAAUACAAAGGAUAUUAGGGGAUCAGCUAAAUGCAUCUUUUGAGGAUGUACAUUUGAAUCCUGUUCGCGUGCUGUUUGAGGAAGUGCCAGGAGAGAAGCAGGUCGUCUUUAAAAAAAGCAACGAUAAUGUGAGUGACACCUCAUAUUACACAGUGAUGGUAAAUGGCUUUGGCACCUUCAUAGCUCGUGGCAAGAACUACCAAGUGGCAAAGAAAAGGGCAGCAUUGAAAGCCCUGAAGGAAAUUCAUAGGCAGAAGACUGUAAUUGCAUAACUGCAAUUCAUGGGGUACUGUUGGAGGGACCAUGUGUCAAACCAACGGUUGCACCGUGAGACUGGUACAGGACCUAUUACCUGCACAAUCUGUGAUCGCCAACACAGGCUUAACGGCCACCUGGCUCGCUUCCCUCAGGAUGAUCCUGCCCAGCAGGUUGUCUCUGUUUAAGACACUCCUGGGUGGAGGGGGCCUGUGGGACGACCAAAGAAGUCGUGGCUUGGGUAGAUCGAUCAGACCUGUCGUGAUGAACUUGAGAUGGGCCGAGUCCCUGCCUGGCGAUUUGCCAUGAGGGACCCUCGCAGGUACAAGCAGAGGGUGGAUGCUGCUAUUAUAGAAGGGAGGGAUCAAUUACAUUAUGUACAAAUAAAUAAUGGAAAGAUACUGGUGGGCUGUAUUGUUAGCAACUUAUUCCUUGUUUUUAUUCUUAUAAUGUUUAUUGCUAAGAAUUACAUUGUGAUAUGCCACUUGUUUAUUAUUUGUUUAGAGAAUAAAAAGUUUAUGAUA